AUGGCGAAGCCCGACACGAGCCCCGUGCUGUCGCCGACGUCGUCGCGGUCGGUGACGCAGACGGUGAACGGGUCGCACCGGUUCGUGAUCCAAGGCUACUCGCUCGCGAAAGGGAUGGGCGUCGGGAAGCACAUUGCCAGCGACAAUUUCACGGUCGGAGGGUACCAGUGGGCCAUCUAUUUCUACCCCGACGGCAAGAAUCCGGAGGACAAUUCCGCUUACGUCUCGGUGUUCAUCGCCUUGGCCAGUGAGGGGACCGACGUGAGGGCUCUGUUCGAGUUGACGCUGGUUGACCAGAGCGGGAAAGGGAAGCACAAGGUUCACAGCCAUUUCGAUCGGUCCCUCGAGAGCGGCCCGUACACGCUCAAGUAUCGCGGCAGCAUGUGGGGAUACAAGAGAUUUUUCAGACGCGCUAUGCUUGAGACAUCCGAUUAUUUGAAGAAUGAUUGCUUAAAAAUCAACUGUACUGUGGGAGUGGUGGUGUCUGCUGUAGAUUGUUCCCGGUUACACUCUAUCCAGGUUCCAGAGUCUGAUAUAGGAGCACAUUUUGGCACGCUUCUCGAGACUAUGGAAGGUUCAGAUGUUACUUUUAAUGUGGCAGGGGAAAAGUUCGAAGCUCACAAGUUAGUAUUGGCUGCUAGAUCUCCUAUCUUCCGCUCCAAAUUCUUUGACUGUGCGGAAGAUAGUGAAGAGAUAGUCAUUACUGACCUAGAGCCCGAUGUAUUCAAGGCCAUCUUGCACUUCAUUUACCGCGACACACUUACUGAAGAUGUGGGUAAUACUGCAUCAAGCUCGUCUGGUCUAUGUUCUAUAUCAGAUUCUUUGACAGCAAAGUUAUUAGCAGCAGCAGAUAGGUAUGGGCUGGAUCGGCUCAGAUUGAUGUGCGAGUCUCAUCUAUGCAAGGAUAUAUCAGUCGCCUCAGUUGCUAGGAUUUUAGCCUUGGCGGACAGCUACCAUGCUACAGAGUUAAAGGCUGUUUGCUUAAAAUUUGCUGCUGAAAACCUUGCAGCCGUGAUGCGAUCUGAUGGAUUUGAAUACCUAAAAGAGAACUGCCCGACGCUGCAGUCAGAGCUGCUGAAGACGGUGGCGGGAUGCGAGGAUGAUUGCAGCAGCGGAGGUGGGAAGUCACGUAGCGUCUGGGGCCAACUUUCAGACGGUGGCGAGACCACCACGAACGAAAGGAGGGUUAGACAAAGAACCUAG